UGUAGAAUAUUGCAAGUGAAGACCGGCCGUAAGGAGGAGACAGUGGCACCGGACACAGCAAGCGUGUGCCGAGAGCCACACCCCUCACUUCAUCUCCGUCUCGCUCUCGCCAUGUCGAAGCAGGACGCCUCCGACGGCAUCCCUGCCGCCGAGGCGCCGGCCAAACGCCCUCCCCUCAACAAGUACGCCCUCGCCUGCGCCAUCCUCGCGUCCAUGAACUCCAUCCUCCUCGGCUACGUCAGGCUCUGAUUGCAGAUGUCUCGGUGAUGAGCGGGGCGCAGCUGUUCAUGAAGCAGGACCUCAAGAUCACGGACACGCAGAUCGAGAUCCUCGCCGGCAUCAUCAACAUCUACUCGCUGGUCGGCUCGCUCGCGGCGGGCCGGACGUCCGACUGGAUCGGCCGGCGCUACACCAUGGUGCUCGCGGCGGCCAUCUUCUUCGCGGGCGCGCUCAUCAUGGGCCUCGCCCCGAGCUACGCGGUCCUCAUGCUCGGCCGCUUCGUGGCCGGCGUCGGCGUCGGCUACGCGCUCAUGAUCGCGCCUGUGUACACGGCCGAGGUCGCGCCCACGUCGGCGCGCGGCCUGCUCACGUCCUUCCCGGAGGUGUUCAUCAACACGGGGGUCCUCCUCGGCUACGUCUCCAACUACGCCUUCCACGGCCUCCCCGUGCACCUCAGCUGGCGCGUCAUGUUCCUCGUCGGCGCCGUCCCGCCGGUCUUCCUCGCCCUCGGGGUCCUCGCCAUGCCGGAGUCGCCGCGGUGGCUCGUCAUGCAGGGGCGCAUCGGCGACGCGCGCCGCGUGCUCUCCAAGACCUCCGACUCGCCCGCCGAGGCCGAGGAGCGGCUCGCUGACAUCAAGAAGGCCAUCGGCAUCCCGGAGGGCGUCGGCGACAACAACGACGACGUGGUGGUCGUCGCCCUCAAGAACAAGGGGACCCAUGGCGAGGGGGUGUGGCGGGACCUGCUCCUCCGCCCCACGCCGCCCGUCCGCCGCAUACUGAUCGCCUGCCUCGGGCUCCAGUUCUUCCAGCAGGCGUCCGGCAUCGACUCCGUCGUGCUCUACAGCCCCCGGGUGUUCCAGAAGGCCGGGCUUCAGUCGGACAACAACUCGUUGGGCGCCACCAUGGCGGUGGGCGCCUGCAAGACGCUGUUCAUCCUGGUGGCAACCUUCUUCCUUGACCGCGUGGGGCGGAGGCCGCUGCUCCUGACCAGCGCGGGCGGGAUGGUGGUCUCGCUGGUGACGCUGGCCUCGGCGCUGCACGCGAUCGACCGGCAGCCCGCGGGGCAGGCGACGCCGCUGGCGGGCGUGAGCAUCGCGGCGGUGCUGGCGUUCGUGGCGUCGUUCUCGAUCGGCAUGGGCCCGAUCGCGUGGGUGUACAGCUCGGAGAUCUUCCCGCUGCGGCUGCGCGCGCAGGGGUGCGCGCUGGGCACGGCGAUGAACCGGAUCACGAGCGGCGCCAUCACCAUGUCCUUCAUCUCGCUCUACAAGGCCAUCACCUUCGCCGGGAGCUUCUACGUCUACGCCGGCAUCGCCGCCGCAGGGUGGGUGUUCAUGUUCUUCUUCCUGCCGGAGACGAGGGGCAGGAGCUUAGAGGACACAGAGAAGCUCUUUGGCGGCGGCGGCGGCCAGGACAGCAGCAGGGAAGAUGAAGGUGAUGCGCCGAAGAAGUCCACGGAGUUGACUAGCAGUCAACAGUGAAUAGCUAGCUACCUGAUGAGUGACACUCAAGAGAGCUGCACUGCAAGUGUGUACUAGCACAGUAACACUCUGUAGUCAAUAAGACGAAACUGAUGGUGAUUUGUGGUCGGAUUUGUCGGUGUGGGACGGAAGACAAGCUAAGUCUGUGAGCUGGGCAAAUUGGGCACCUGCACUGCACAGAAGGCCCUCGUAGAAAUUAGAGUCACGAGGAUCAGAGUAAUACGUGAUGGUCCUUUCAACCCUGCU